UUUUUUUCUUUUUUUUUUUUUUUUUCCAUUAUUCAAAUGUUGCUGUACCUAUAAGAAGAGCGCCUGCGUGCGUCAGAUAGUUUUCUCCAAUGGGUAAAGGUGACUAAACAUUAGUUGUCCCUUUUGCCGGCUCAGUCUCGUCCUAUCGGCGGGGGGAGAGAUGAUGGACGACUCCGGCGGUGUCCAAAUGGCGAGGGCGCUGAAGCAUGCAGCCCUGUGCCUGAUGCUGCUGCCCCGGUUCCUGCUGGCCGCCGUCAUGCUGUGGCUCCUGGAUUUCUUGUGCAUCAGGAAAAAAGUGUUGCUGAAAAUGGGAGAGAGCCAGGACGGUCCGGAGGACCCGCCGGUGUGCGUCUCCGACUCCAAUAAGAUGUUCACCUUGGAGUCCCUCCGGGCCGUGUGGUACGGUCAGAAAUUAGACUUUCUCAAAUCUGCGCACCUUGGGCACGCGGCGCCCAACACCGAGGUGGUGCUGGUCCAGGAGCGGAGGCCGGCCCGGAUCCUGGACUGCAUGAAAGGGAAGAGACCGCUCAUUCUUAACUUUGGCAGCUGCUCCUGACCGCCAUUCAUGACGCGUCUGGCGGCGUUUCAGCGCGUCGUGAGUCAGUACGCGGACAUUGCGGACUUCUUAGUUGUAUAUAUCGAGGAGGCGCAUCCGUCGGACGGCUGGGUGAGCUCGGACGCGCCGUACCAGAUCCCCAAGCACCGCUGCCUGGAGGACCGGCUGCGAGCGGCUCAGCUGAUGCUGGCGGAGAUGCCGGGCAGCAACGUGGUGGUGGAUACUAUGGACAAUUCCUCCAACGCCGCGUACGGAGCCUACUUUGAGAGACUUUACAUCGUCAGGGACGAGAGAGUGGUGUACCAGGGGGGCCGGGGGCCGGAGGGAUACCGGAUUUCCGAGCUCAGGAACUGGCUGGAGAAUUACAAGAGCGACCUGGUGAAUUCCCAGACAGCGGUGCUCCAUGUGUAGCAGACGCUGGACUGCCUGCUGCUCAUUCUAACCCACAGUGCGAAAUACCCCGAUGCUGCUAUGAAAAAAAUGUUCACACACUGCACAUGAUGGUUUGUUUUUGUUUGUUUUGUUUCUUGUUUUUUUUUUUCUUUCUUUCUUUUUCCUCUUGCGUAAAGAGGACUUUUUAUUUCCUGACAUAUAACCUGAAGUCAUGUUGAAGCCGUGCUCGUCCUGACCUUAAUUAAUUGCUCAUAGCGAUUUUUCUUCAUCUUUUAGAACGAGAAAGUCUUGAAUGGGUUCAACUGGUGAUCACCCAAGGCUAUUUUUCUACAGUGCAGAGCGUGAGUGCGUGCGUGUAUGUUUGUGCGCGUGUGUGUGUGUUUGUGUGUGUGCGUGCGUGCGUGCGCGCGAUCAGGCUGAUUCCCCGCUCCGGUGUCUCCGUGAAGUUCGGUUUUUAAAAGGCGCAUCCAGAGAACCGACACUGAUGUUUCCGACACCGGCAGCGGGUCCAUGUCAGCGGGAUGCCUUCCUCCUCCUCCUCCUCCUCCUCCUUGAUCGAUUGCCAAAUGAUGUAACGUUGAAACGAUGUAACUGAACAAAUGUUUUUAAUAAACAUCAGAUCACACACUGAUGAUGUAAUGUUGACUGAUCAAAA